AAAGCGUGCCCCAAUUACAAAUUUCAAAGCCACUGGGACUGGCGACUGCCCUCUUCCUCUUCUCCACAACACCUUCUCACCGCCUGUGGCCGCUGCUGCCGUCUCUUCCGCCUCGCAAAACUCCGUUGCUUUCUGUCUGUACCAACACUUUGUAAGCAAACUCUAUUUCUUUGAGGAAACCAGUUAUAUCAUGGCUUGCUUGUUAUCAUUUGUACUCUGACCUCGUCAUGGUUUUACCAAAAGAAUAGUUUAAAGUAUUCCCAACACCUAAUAGUUUCCCGUCCCCAGAUUUUGUCAAUAUAUCGUGUCAACUUGACGAAUUAUCCGGAAACCUUGGGUGCUGAAUUCCAAAGAGUUGUUUCAAACGUGUCAACUUGACGAAUUAUCCGGAAACCUUGGGUGCUGAAUUCCAAAGAGUUGUUUCAAACCAAAUAGAGAGAGAGAGAGAGAGAUGUCGCUUGUAUUCUCCUCAUCCUCCAUAGCUUCAUGUUCUCAUAUUACCUUGUUUAAGGGAUAUAAUAUGAAAUUCCAAAGAAAUGCUUCUCUAAACCCAAACUUCAUUUUCUUUCAUUACAAUGCACAACGAUAUUUACCUUCUGGUACCAUAACUACAAGUACAAUUUUCAAAAACAGGCCACCCAGUACCUUGAAGCUUAUAGCUACAGAAUGCACAAAUCUCAGUAAUGAGUUAUCUGGUGAGGAAAGCCCAAUUGGCGAUGAUUGGGGAAGUGAAGAACAAGGGGACGUUGAUGAUAUGGGAUCACCAUGGGAAGGGGCAGUUGUUUAUAAGAGAGAAGCUUCAAUCUCACAUGUGGAAUACUGCACAACUUUAGAGAGACUUGGGUUAGGGAAGCUUUCAACCAAGAUUUCAAAAUCUCGGGCUUCAGUAAUGGGAUUACGUGUCACAAAAGCUGUGAAGGAUUUUCCGCUUGGAACACCUACUCUUAUCUCCAUUGAUGUAACAAGGAAGAAGCAGAAGUUGAGACUCGAUGGGAUCAUACGAACUGUAAUCACUCUGGGCUGCAACAGAUGUGGUGAGCCAGCUGCUAAGUGCAUAUUCUCGAAUUUCACGCUGUUACUAACUGAAGAACCCAUUGAAGAACCAGAUACUAUUAAUAUGGGAGUGAUAUUUGGUGAAGACAUAUUCAAAAAUUCAGGAAGUAUCAAAGAGGAAGAAGAUGAUGACGAAGCUUUAAUUGAUUUAGAUGACAGGCUGUAUUUUCCCCCCGAAGAAAAAGAAAUUGACAUUUCAAAGCAUAUAAGAGACAUGGUGCACAUAGAAAUCACCAUUAACGCGCUAUGCGAUCCAAGGUGCAAAGGUUUGUGUCUCAAGUGCGGUGCGAAUCUCAACACUGAUAGUUGUAAUUGUAGCAAAACACAGAAUCUGAGGGAGAAAGGUUACGGCCCUCUUGGAGGUCUGAGAGAGCAAAUGCAGAAAAAAUGUUGACGUAGUUGGUGUGUCCUAUUUAAGAUGACGUUUGUAUGCCGCUUCAUUUUCAUGCUCUCUUUUAUAGAUAAGACAGAAAGUCGAUGUAACUUUCCAUUUGGUUAAGGUAUCAUGGUUUCUAUGUUGAAAAUCACAGUCACGAACAUUCUGCUUUAUUUUUAUUUCAAACCAAGUAUAUUUGAUAUAAAGAAAUGAUUUUUUUUUUUAA